AUGUCCAACCCGCCUUUUACGGUUAAAUCGGUCUUCGAGUAUGCUUCGGGCCAUGAUGAAGAUCUCAGUUUCCCAAUCGGUCAAAUUCUAACCGUCACCGCUGUGGAGGAUGCCGAAUGGUACUACGGAGAAUACACAGACGGGUCCGGGGACAAACAAGAGGGCAUCUUCCCCAAGAACUUUGUCGAGCGCUAUGAGCCUCCCGCUCCUCCACGCCCAACACGCCCUAACAGGCCCAAGAAGGAAGCUGAACCGGCAGCGAUUGAAUCUCCUGUCGCUGUGAGCGCACGUCAACCCGAAGCGGAGCCCGAGGUUGCGGAGCAGCCCGCCGAGGAGAACAAGGACGUAGUUGUCCAGCAACCACUCUCGCCUCAAUCUCCUCACGCUGCUUCGAGUCCUGCUGUUGAAUUGCCAUCCUCUCCUUUGCAGCCGGCUCAAGUGCCUGCGCCUGUCGCCGCCGCCGCCGCCGCUCCUCCCGUGAAGGCAUCCUCGAAGCCCCCGCCUCCGGCCGUGGCGGAGAAGCCUUCCGGCUCAUCAUUUAAAGACCGUAUCGCCGCCUUCAAUAAGCCCGCCGCGUCACCAGUUGCACCCUUGAAGCCCGCCGUUUCGCAGUCAAGUUCCUUCAUCAAGAAGCAGUUUGUGGCUCCCCCUCCAAGCAAGGACUCGUUCGUGCCCGCGCCAAGGGACCCCGCUCCCAAGGUUUAUAAGAGAGAGGAGGACCCAGAGGUGAAGGAGCAGCUUGCUCGCGAGCUACCGGUUUCCGAAAGCCGGCCUCCGCCGCCUCCUCUACAGCAAGAGUCGACGGAGGAGAGCGCCGAGGAUCAGCCAAAGCCCACCAGCCUUAAGGACAGAAUUGCUCUUCUUCAGAAGCAGCAGCUGGAGCAGGCCCAGCGUCACGCCGAAGCUGCUCAAAAGAAGGAAAAGCCUAAGCCUCCGAAGAAGUCACUUGAUCUGCCUUCGGAAACCGUCGCUGCAGAGCCCGAAGAGGCCGAGUCACCUGUUGAACCAUCAGCAACCGCUCGGGAUCCGAGUGUCGAUACCCUGCGAGCAAGAGCCCCUCCAGCUCCCUCGGCCCCCUUCUCGCCGACAGAGGAGAUUGCCAGCGAUACUAAUGAUGCUGACUAUUCCGCUGCCGCGGACUCCGAAGAUGAAGGAGAAACAUCUGCUAGCAAGGAUGAUGAGGAGGAGCCUGCGGAACAGCCCUCGACCCAUGCAGUUGAGUCUAAGGGAGAGGAGGCUGAUGAAGAGGACGAGGAAGAAGAGGAGAUGGACCCUGAGACCCGACGCCGAAUGGAGCUACGUAACCGUAUGGCCAAGAUGAGUGGUGGCAUGGGCAUGAUGGGCCUCUUUGGCCCGCCAGGCGGUAUGCCCGGUAUGUCUGCUGCUGCGCCCCGGAAACCUAAGACUCCUGGUGAAUCAGAAAAGAAGCUCGAAGAGCCGACUUCACCGGGCAUUGCUCCUCCUGUCCCUUUACCGGGAAUGAACAUUCACACUCGGCCCGUUCCUCCUCCUGCCGAUGUGGAGCAAGAGGAAGAGGAACCCCUGGCGACUCCUAUCACUGAGCAACAUGCCUCCCAAGACGUGCCAGAUGUCGAGGAGGUCAUCCAUGAUGGUGCUCCGCCUUCUCUUCCUCGUCGCUCUACUGACAGACCUCGCCCGCCGCCUAUUGCGUCGCGGCCUGUUCCGUCUCUCCCUGUGCCAGCCGAUACGCCAGCUUCGCCCCCACCAGUCCCAGGAGGUCGACCGGCUCCACCCCUGAGGCCCUCAACUGGCGAUGAAUCCGAUGAUGAGCUCUCCUUGCAUGCAGAGAAUUUGUCCUUAAGCCAGCCCGCAGGUGGACCACCUCCCGUGCCGGCACCCGCGCUUCCUGAUCAUAUUGAUGCCCGUCAUUCCUCGACCUAUGAAUCUAUCCCACCUUUUCCGACCCCGACUGCUGAAAAGAAAGCAAGCCGUCCACCACCUCCGAUACCGUCAAAUCCACCGGCGCCGCCAGCGCAGAGCCGCGCCGCGCCUCCACCACCUCCUGGUCAAAUCCGCCGACGAUCCACUGCGGAUAGUCGUAUGAGCGCCACUUCUGCUCCUCGACAGGCUGGUGAGGAUGUCGAAGGAGAGGUGACCGAGUACGAUGGAGACUACGACACUGAUAUUGCGUCGGGUGCCAAGUUCAAGGAUGCCUUGAGAUCUCAUGAGCGUGAUUCCAGUUUUGAUGAGGGUACGAUAACCGAUGACCACUCGCUCCAGUCCCCACGCAGCCCUGUGGAACCUAGACAGCCUCCACCAGUCCCUUCGGGCGCUCCUAGGGGAGCCCCGCCGCCUCCUCCAAGUCAGCCGCCUCGGAAUGCUAGGGCUUCCAUAGACACACCUCGAGGCCCUCCCCCGCCUCCGCCAAACCGAGAGCCAUUAGCUGGAGAUGACGAUGAUGAAGAGUACGACCCAUUCAAUUAUGCCGCCCCUCAACAUGGCCUGCCUACUCCCCCGCCUCUUCCCACCGGACGCCCAGAUGCGCCGCCCCCUCCACCUCCGCAUCAAGAGACUGAAGAAUACGAUGACUUGUAUGAUGCAUCUCCAGUCCAAACCUCAGCAAGCGAGAAGCCGCCUACAUCAAAACAUGAGAAGAGGCUUUCUUUGGCGCCACCACCUCCCAUGGCUUCGGCCUCCGGGAUGCCAUCCCCAUCGACUAGUCGAGGCCAGCGGGCUUCCAUGGACAUGUUAAGAGGAUCCAACGUUCGACGCUCCAUGGAUGUCUCUCGACCCUCUGUUGACCAGGUUGAAGAGUCAUCUUCCUCGAAGCGUGGUGGGAAGACAACAGUUUCUAAGGACGUCUACAUUCUGUUCAUUGACUACUCUCAGACCAUUGUGACUGUGCAGUUCGACGGCAAGAAUCCCGUGGAUGCCACCCUGGAGCAGCGUCACGAAGCUCCACCGCUCCAGCUCCGCCAGGACCAACUGGAACAAGCCCAUAUUCAGCUCGGAACCCGCAUCUCUGACUCUAUAAACGCCAUUCAGAAUUCUACUGUCGGCGAUGGCACACCAUUUGGGCUCGUCCAGCAUCUGCUUAACCCGCUAUCUGAUGCGCUGCUUCCUGUUGGUACCCGGGCAUAUGGUGCGCUGGUUUACUCCAAUCUGGCCAAUGCAUCUGUCUCUCAAAAUGAUGAGAUCCGCGCUGGUGAUAUCGUGAGCUUCCGCAAUGCCCGAUUCCAAGGCCACCGAGGCACCAUGCACCAGAAGUAUAGUGCUGAAGUGGGCAAGCCAGACCACGUCGGCAUUGUCGUCGACUGGGACGGCACUAAGAAGAAGAUUCGCGCUUGGGAGCAGGGACGCGAGAGCAAAAAGGUGAAGAUGGAAAGCUUCAAGCUGAACGACCUGCGCAGUGGUGAGUGUAAGGUCUGGCGAGUGAUGCCGCGUACCUGGGUUGGCUGGGAAUCUUCCAAAUAA